AUGUUUGAACAAUUUAAGAGGUUUGACACAAACGAUGAUUUCAAUCUCGAUACCCAAGAGGUAAGAUUCACAAAAGCGUAGGGAAACUAGAAAUAUACUACGUAGUAAAACUGACGAAAUUACGUCAAAUUUGAUCGCCAUGAUAUACAACACAAAAAGCAAAACCGUCUUGUCCAACAGCGUAAACAACAGCUUCACGUGAAAGUACUCCUCAGUGACUUUUCACAGUCACACCUUGAUAAUAUUUCAUUCACAGACUCAAAAGUUUGAGACCCUCUUGUACAACAUAAUAAACAGUACCGCAGGAAAGUACUACUCAGUAGCUUUCAUGUGAAAGAUCACAAUAUGAAAUUUCAUCCACGGACUCAUCCAUAUCACUGGCGGAUCCAGACCUUUAGAUAAAGGAGGGGCCCAGUCAUCCAGACCCUGAGAUAAGUGGGGGCCCGGUCUAAAAUAAACUUUUUAAGGCCCUUCGGGCCUCAGUUUAGUCUGACAAUAAGGGGGCGGGCGGGCCCCCCGGGCCCCUCCCCUGGGUCCGCCACUGCAUGUGCUUAAGUCACUUUCAUUUGAAUGGCAAAACGUAAUUGAUUACUAUCCACAGUUUUAGACAGUACUAAAGGGAAGUACUGAUAUUUUUAUCGCUUUCAAUUCUUUUAACAGCUUUUACGAGCCAUUCCGGAUACACUGGGUAGGAUGGCCACUACAGAAGAGAUAAAGGUUAAUAAACAGCGUUUCGUCAUCCCUUCACCGUUAAAGGCUGUAGGUUAAAACUGACCUAAAAUCCUCAAAAAUGAAUACCCCUAAACGAAUGACACCAAGCAAAAGUACUUUCAAAGAGGUUUCAUUUCAACGGUCAUACCAUAGGAUUUUCACUCACUUCUUCACUUGUUUGUUUUUUCGCUCCACGUGUUUGGAUAUCAGGUGAAACACUCAUACUCGUUUUUGAAGUCAGAUAAAGCACUCAUUCUCGUUUUAUUGACGCAAAUCUCAUCGUAUUUGGUAGAUUAUCCUCAAACUUGUAACAUUUUACGCUUUACGCUUUAAAAUGCUAACUUGGCAUUUUAUUUACAGGAAGCCAUGUUAGAAGUUGACAUAGACGACUCAGGAACUGUUGAUUUCUUCGAGUUCCUUUGUGUGGCAAGAUUAAUUUCACAAGGGAAAGGUAUGUCUUGAGCCUUUAUGGUACCGAAACUAGGCAACAUAUUUUUAUAUUUUUUUAUCGGAAGUAUUAUUUUAAGCUAUAUCCAUAUCUUUUCGUUUUUCAGGGGAAGCAGCUCUUUUCAAGAAGAAGACUUUGACAGCUCUGCAAAAACCGAAUACUCGGUCUAAAGUCUGUGUUGUGCAAUAA